GUUGGCGACACAACAGCUUUCCCCUGUUUUGUCUCUUUCCGGUUAUUUUCAGCCAUAUCCUCCAUUUUCUUUCUUCGACCCCGUUCUCUGCCAUGAUCUUCACAACUCCUUCACCGUUAUAUGUCAUCGCGACACUUGCCGUUUUCGCUCUCCUUUUCUCUGAACCGUUUUCCGGUCCUCCUCCUCCUCUAGCCUUCUGCCAUGGCUCUUUAUACUCCUCCAUCUCUUCCUCGUACCCCUUCAUCCUGUCCAAUGGACGCCCCUUUGCCCUCGCUGCCCACAGAGUUCUACUCAUCGUGGUCUACAUGGCGCCAGACCAAGGUCGACACGCCUCUGACGCCGCCUUUGUCCACCGUCUCUGCUCGACGCGUUUUACCUCCUCAAACGCAUUGCAAGCCAGUGUUGCCACCAAUAACAUACUUUGACCACACUGCGUCGCGUGAUUCACCAGUUACGCCACCGCAGGCAGACGACUCAUAUGAGUGGCAUAGCCAUGGAUCGACUUCUGUGAAACUACCACCUGUUCAAGCGUACUCCCCCGCAUUGCAUUAUCGUCAUUCUGUCUCCUCUGUCGAGGAGAACCAGGCAGAGUGCUCCUUGCCUUCCCCACCACUAGCUCUAGACUGGUUCACGAGCUCCGAACAUCGCUCUUCUCAAUUCAUCGCGGAGAAGAUUUGCGAAAUGAUAUGUUACCUCUGGUUCUCCAGCCUGUCCCCAUCCUCCUCAUCGCCAUCAAAACGUACUCGUACAGCUCCUCAAGAGCAAGAGCCUUAUAUUCCUUCCAGUAACUCUGCGACAGCAUCGCUUCAAUUUUCUGUGUCCCCCGCCUUUGUACGCUUCAUGCAGAAAGUACUCGAGACAACGCAAGUUAGCCAGUCUGUUAUAGUUCUAUCGCUACAUUAUAUCUACCGCAUGAAGGCGCGUAAUCGUUUCACGUCCGGGCAGCCUGGCAGCGAAUACCGGGUCGCCAUUGCGGCUCUCAUGAUGGCGAACAAGUUCGUGGACGACAAUACGUAUACGAACAAGACGUGGUCGGAGGUUUCCGGCAUUGACCUCGCCGAAAUCAACAAAAUGGAGAAGGAGUUCCUACUCGGCAUCGACUUCGGCCUGUACGUUGACAAGUCGACGUACGACUCAUGGUUGAACCUAUUGCAAGGACUUGUCCUGGCGAAGGAGCGAGAGCUGCAGCAUUGGCGGCGCUCUUGGAGGCCGGCCCGUGCGCUGCACAGGGUCCACCCGCACAGACACACGCUCCCGCAUGCUGCUCGGUUACAUUCGACUUCACAUCGGGCGCGGUCGUCGUCCCCUACACGCUCCUCGCCUUGUGUUCCCUCCAUGUCCUCUCGUGACGUCUGUUCGCCGCUCUCAAACGCCGAUCAAUAUCCGGCAUACUCGACAGGCGCGAAGCGCACUGCAGUUGAUGCGUUCAAUACGUACCCGCAGCCGGCUCCUCCGCCGAGUCAAACCCGGCGGUCUACGGGUCUUACGCUGCGAAUACCGGAACUCGAGUAUUCGAGCGGGCACUCGAGUGAGAGCUCAGCGUCUCCCAUGGAGCCUUUGCAGUCGCUUUCCAAGCUGUCAUUGGCGGGAUCUCCUGUGGUCUAUUCUCCUGCGGACGGUGGAAGAGGGCAAGUAUGGAUGUCACCUGUGGGGCAGUCAGAAGUACCGCAGACGUUGGUAUCGGCAUACUAUGUCGAUGAUAAGCGGUCGUACGCUGUGCCGCAGAACCUGUACUUUUACGCGCUGGCAUGUUCUCCAACUGAGGAGAACAGCGCGCGGAAGGGCAAAUUGCGAUAUCACCAACCCCAAGUCAGCUGCUCCGCUAUGUCGAACUUACAGCCGACUGUGCCUAUGGUGGUCCAGUCUGCUUCCGCAAGCCCAUAUGACAUGCACACGCAAUUACCAGCCGCCCGUGUAUUACCGCCGCUAUCCGAGGUGUCGAGGCAAUGGCCGCAGACAUGCGAGUCGCUCGGCGCAUGUCACGCACACGUGCAGCGUGUUUGCGAGCGGCCAGUGCCCGAAAGCGUUCCUUCAGCGCCAUUCGCCAACGCUGGGCCUCCGGGCUUCCGAUUCUACGCAACUACCACGCCGGCUUCGCCGCCGCACUACUACGAGGCGAGUGACCGGUAUAACUAAUGAAACGCAUUCGGACGUUUUUGUGUACCUUAUUACAUCGAUGGUAACCGCGUUCAGCGUCCGCUCAGCCAUUUGUACUCUUGUUCAUCCGCCGCGCAUCUCGCUUUCUCACAGAGACAGUAUGAUUUCACCUGCCGCACACGCCGCUUCCCUUGCAUCAUUAUAGCAUCUGCCAUUCUCCAUCGGCUAUACCCUCCAUCCCAGCAUACGAACGGUCGAAUCGUCGCAUGUCACCAUAGAAUCCUCAUCAUUCUUCGCUAGAUAUUGUUGCGAAGUUCAUUAACCUUAUGAGUUUAUGUAUAAUGUUGCACAGAAACGAUAAUACGAAAAUUGUACUGUUUCAUCAUUCCCGAAGGUGC